ACAGGGCGGCCCCUUCCCUCUCAGCGCUAUGCAAGCACAGCCUCCAGGGAGGGAAGCAGGAAGGCUGGGCGGGCCCAGUUCGGCUGCUGUUGCUGCUUAGGGAGGGGUUAAGAGCAGCAUCAGUAGCAGCGGUUUUCUCUGCUCUCGGAUUCAAGGCAUAUUAAGCCAGGCACACUUACGCACACACACGCUUGAGCAUCCUUCUCAACAACAUCGGCAAACCAGAGAGAAGGAGAAAAGGCGACGAGUGGAGGGGAGUCCGAGCCAGACAAAGCAAAGAUGGCAGGGAUCCUUGCUUGGUUCUGGAAUGAGAGGUUCUGGCUGCCGCACAAUGUUACCUGGGCGGAUCUGAAGAGCACCGAAGAAGCCACCUUCCCUCAGGUGGAGGAUCUCUACCUAGCCUUUCCCCUGGCCUUCUGCGUCUUCAUGAUCCGCAUGGUUUUCGAAAGGUUUAUAGCCAAGCCAUGUGCCUUAGGCCUCAAAGUCCAGGCCAAUGGACCACAAAAAGCUCAGCCUAAUGCUAUUCUUGAAAAAGUCUUCACUGCAAUUACAAAGCAUCCAGAUGAGAAGAGACUUGAAGGGCUUUCAAAGCAGCUGGACUGGGAUGUUCGCAGUAUUCAGCGUUGGUUUCGACAGAGACGCAAUCAGGAAAAGCCGAGCAUUCUUAGAAAGUUCUGCGAGAGCCUGUGGAGAUUUACAUUUUACCUUUAUAUAUUCACUUAUGGAUCUCGACUACUGAAAAAGAGUCCCUGGUUGUGGAACACCAGGCACUGCUGGAUUGGAUAUCCAUAUCAGCCACUGAUGCCUGAAAUUCAUUACUACUACAUAGUUGAGCUGUCUUACUAUUGGUCCUUAAUGUUUUCACAGUUCAUUGACAUCAAAAGAAAGGACUUUAGCAUCAUGUUUACACAUCACAUCGUAACAGUCUUUUUGCUAACCUUCUCCUAUACUAUCAAUUUCACACGAAUUGGAUGCCUGACUCUGUGUCUUCAUGAUGCAGUUGACAUUGUGCUGGAGGCAGCCAAAAUGGCAAACUAUUGCAAGUAUCAAAGAUUGUGCGAUUUCCUCUUCCUCAUGUUUGCUGUUGUUUUCAUUAUUACAAGGCUUGGACUGUAUCCCUUGUGGAUAUUGAACACAACAAUAUUUGAAUUGCCUGAAAUUCUUGGUGGUUUUCCUGCCUUGAUGGUCUUUGUCAUUCUACUUCUGGUACUUCAAGUUCUUCACUGUUUUUGGUCCUACCUAUUAGUAAAGGCAGCCUAUAAAGCUGUUUUAAAAGGCAAGGCAAGGGAUGAUCGAAGUGAUGUUGAGUCUAGUUCAGACGAAGAACCUCCAACUCCUCAUUCAAAGAACUCCCACAGCUCAGCCACCACCAAUGGGACAAGCGGAGCGAAUGGAACAAACGGGUACCUAACUGGUGGCAAUUCUGCAGAGGAACACUAAUCCAUGGAUUAAACACGGAUACAUGAACAAAAUGAACUGUUUGCUACUGGACGUAAAUAAGUCGUAAAUGCUGGGUUUUGGUUUGGUUUUGUCUUUUCUUCCUUUCCUUAUUUUUUUCUCAACAGAGAAAAAACACAUGGAGUAUUUAAAGCUUCUGAUAGCGCACUGCUGUGUUUCCUGUUUGUGAAUGACAGCGCCACACCAUUCUGUUAUGUAGGCAUGCUGUAUGUAUAUAUACAUGAGCAGAUGGGAACCGUACUUUCUUCUGUAAUUUUUGACUAUUAUUUAUUUUAUGUCUUAUUUGCAGAUGAAAGGGAACUUCUCAAGAUUCUCUUUCAGACUUCAUCAGGGCCUGAAACUGCCAAUUUAAGGGAUUUUCUGUGCUUUGUUUCUCUAGUCCAGUAUGCAGUGUUAUAGGCAUUCUGUUAGAAUUUCUCUUACAACAAAACUAUGAAAGUUCAUUUUUAGUUCUAGACCUUUUUUAUUGUUGCUAUUUUGUGCUGAAGGAUCCAACUAUAGACAUUGCCAAUACAAAUACGGUCGUCACUUUCCCGUCCCCCAAAGUGAAGUUUUAAAUUGGUGCAGUAAUAUUUUUAAAUCGCUUCCACUGGGGUCAGUGUGGCGGUUCAAGUUAAACCAUAGCUGUGGUUAAACCAUAGAUGGGAUGUUAGCAUUGCUUUAAACUCCAAAGGUGAUGGUGAAUUAGAUCACAGACUUCACUGUUUGUGCAAAUGCCCAAGCUAUAUUUACAUCAAGUAUGAUGAGCUCAUCUUGCAGUUUUAACCUCCAACUUGACUUAAACUUUUUAUGAAGAUGCCUUUUUUUAGCUUCAGACGAAAUGUUUACUUGGGCCCCUAGUCAUAUAUGCAAAAGUUACACAAUAUCGGGGGAAUUAGAACCAGGAUUAAGAACAGAAGCUUGCCAGAAAUAACAUAUACCAGAUACAGUAUAUUAAUGAGAUCUGAGUAUUGCAAUGGCAGAUGAGGUGGUAAACUUGUGUCUGGACUGUACCACUUCAGACUGCAAUUGAGAACUCAGUUGAUUGAAUACUUAGCCAUACAAACAUACUCCAUCUGCAUAGAAACUAGAUGGCGCAAAAUGGGUUCAGGAUAUUCUAGGUUAAAACCCUUCUCUUGACAAUCUAGUCUUCUACAUUCAGGGAAUUGUUUUAUAUGGAGAAGAAUUAAAUCAUGAGUGCCCCCUUGCACUGAUGUGGUACAAUCCAGGCAUGGGUUAUACUUCUUCAUAUCCUUGAUAUGGGUGGUUUGUGUUCUUGGUAGAGUAUGUGGUUGGACACACUUGGGUGGCUCAGACUUUAAGGGUACAGAGUGAUUUUGGUUCUUCUUACUUCUUCAACUUGAUAGUAGGAGGACACAUUACCUAAUACUGGUCCUGGGCUACUCCACAGAAGAGCCCCUGUGGGAACUGUGAUGGCCAUACAAGUCUCAUACCAGUCUCUUCUCAUGGUGUGGGAAAAGAGAUACCUUUCUUAGCUCACAACACUUGCCACAGUUGGUGCCAUUGAGCCCAGCCCAGGAAUAUGAAAAACUGACGGCUGGAUGUACUGCAGUGUGAAUCAACAACAAGUGUCCAAGCCUCCUCUUAAUUACUAGAGAAACAAAGCUGGCAGUAACUUUAACCUUAUUCUUGUUGUUUUCCUGCUAAAGAUUUACCUGUAAGUGUUAGUAUGUUUCUAAAGGAAAUCAGCAGGAAUAACACAAGCGUUAGGUUUUCUAUUUCUUUUAAUUUCCCUGCAUUUGGGGUUUUCUUAUUUCCCAUAAUAUUCUUAGAUAAGGGGACUUUUCCACUACAGUAGAUAUUUCUGUGUUUGGCAAAGCCAGUGUCAGCAAAAGAGACAACCUCUCUUUGGAUGUUUCUGUGUACAGUUUUGUUCUCUGUUGGUGCAAGACACAGAAGUAAUAUGUAUGCCAAAGAACUACAUGCAGGGAAAGAUGGUAAUACACAACAAUUAAUUGCUUGGAAUCAUAAGAACCCUAACUUCAGUCGAAAAUAUUUUGAGCCACAAUUCCUUUUUACUUCCGCACAUCUGCAACUUGAUCACUCCUAACAUUUGCUCAAGCCAUACAGUAUUUUUAAUAUACUGGAUUUAUUAUAUACAUGAGAGAAUUGAAAAGCUAUUGUUUGUUGGAGAGGAAAGAUUAUUUUUCUGACCUCCAUGCCCUGAUCAUCAUUUCUAUUGAGGGUUAGUUCACAUGACCAUUUUUGCAACCAAUCCAAAUUGAAUGCCUUUUUGUUGUUGUUCCCCAGUUGAUGGGGGCAUGCUGGACAAUAUCAGUACCGCUAUGGAUAUCGGAGAUUAAUUACCACUAGAGUUUCUAUUCCCAUACUGUCAUUUAGGAGUUGUGGAUUUGUUCUUAAGUUUGCCUAAUGAAUAAUGCCCUGCGCAGCUUGGCUUUGAGUGCUCUGUGCAGCAAGUCUGCAUGGGUACAAAUGAAAUAAAGUCAAAACAGAUACAUCAGUCGUUUAUAUUCAGUUUUCUGUUAAUUUCACAACAAAUACUGAUUGGGAAGCUAGGACUUUCGAAAUGCUUAAUGGCAUUGCUUAGGAGGGAGUUUUGAACAGAAGUUUGUUUUUACCCCCAGAAUUUGAAAGGUACAACUGACAGCUACCAAUUUUAGCUUCUAUAAAUUAAGCUCGCGUUAUUGCAGUGAAAUGCACACUAAAAGGUUAGUAGGAGGAAGGCGGCUGAACAUUGCCUCAGGCAAUCAGAAAAGUGUUACAAAGCAUGCUAUGAAGUGAAAUAGAUUAUAAAAUGGCAGCUACAGCUUAAUGUAAAAAUAAGGAUAUAGAAGAUUCUCCACAUGUAAUGCUGUUGAUGCAAAUGAAUCCCUUCUGCAAGGAGGGCUUCCCCUGUUCACUUAAACAGAUUGAACUGAAAGGGAAUGCACUUGCACACCCAUAAGCUCAGUGUUAGACUCCCAUUAUUGGGUGAGCAAGGAGGCACUGGAUCCAGGCAAAAAUAAAAUAUGUAAUGAAUCACAGAAAGCCCUUCUAGAAACAAUUGCUAUUCCAUUUCCUGGAUUAGUGUUAUCAACAUUUCAUGUGUUAACAAGCUCUUGUUAGUAAAAAGCCCUUUGGUUUGGUCUCUUUUAGCAUUAGAAUAAAAGACACAGUGAUUGGAAUGUGUAGAGUAGGAAAAAAUGAAGAAAAACAGUGUGUGGAAGUUAGUAGCCAUUAGCUAGAUUAAACGUUUUUUAUUAGCCAGCCCUUGGGAUAGUGAAGUAAGAUCCAUUGUUGUGUGCAUUUACUCAGUUAAGUAUUGGCAUGGAACACACACUUUUAAAAAUGUGUGUUUUAUAUAUAUAUUAAAAAAUGGGACAAAUGAAGAAAGACUAGGUCUCUUCAUGUAUCCACUCGAGGAUGGAUAGAUGGGAUUUAACUUGCAAUCUCCAUUCAGAUUGUGGAGUGCCAGAUUAAAAAUGCCAAAAAGAAAUAUACAUGUAUCCUUGUUGCCAUUUUUUAGUUUGUUCAACAGAUUUCUUCAUUUCUGGUCAUGCAGUUAGUUUGCAUUUUCUCCCCUUUUGUGUAUGUUUAUAUUGGAGUCCUGCUUCACAGAAGACUCUGCAAAUGCAGCAGGAUGCCUGUGCAAGCCUUGGGCUCACUCGCAUUUUCCCCACUGCAUGCAGAAUCUUGAAUAUGAUCUGGGACUUGAGUGCAUAUCUAUGUGAGUAGGCCCAUGCAUGCUUUGUCCAUAGCAUACUUUCACUGGGACUUACUUGCAUAGAUGCUGUUGACGAAGCUGUAGUUCAGCCUUUCCCAUCCUUUGGGUCCCCAGAUGUUGCUGAACUACAACUCCCAUCAGCCCCAGCCAGCAUGGCCAAUAGUCAGGAAUGAUGGGAAUUAUAAUCCAGCAACGUCUUGGGACCCAAAAGUUGGGAAAGGCUGCUCUAGUUGACAUUUAAGAUCCCAUAUUCUAGGAAUAGCCAAUGUAGUGUCUUCCAGAUGUUGGAUUACACCUCCCAUCAUCCCUGACCAUUGGUUACUCUGGCUGGGACUGAAGGGAACUGGGAGUCCAGCAACAUCUGGAUAGCACCACAUUGGCUACCCCUACAAUAAAAGGGAAGGAGCAUGAGUCCAAAUCUCACCUCGUACCCAGCCAUUUGCACAGUUUGCACACUAGUGCCCUCUGUGAACUAGUCCAGAGUUUGUUUAUGGGGGAAAUAUUGAAGAUUGGUUGCUAAUGAUAGUAAGUGAUGUGCACAGAAAGUUUAGCUCCUCUUAGGCAACAUUUACACAACACACUUCCCCCCCUCUUGCUGUCAUUCAGUGAAGCUGGUUUCUUCCUUACAGCUGGUGUGUGGUGGUUGCUACUGUAAUUUGCAAGGAACUAAUGAACAUAUAAACCUUAAAGGCCUGGAUUUUGGAUUAUAGGAAAAGGAGGGUAAUCACCAGUCUUCACACAUCAUCAACAAAUGACAAUAUAUAGGCAUGGAGUUAUGGCAAUUCUUUAUCGAAAGAAUGUCCUUCAAAAGUGCCCUUCCUUUUAAGUCAUUCUGCUACUGGUACUGAGCACGUUGUAACAAACAAGACAAUAAUUGUGUGUGUCAGCGUGCUGUAUUUUGCAAUAAACUAUGGGCAGAUUGUUGUGUAACCAAAUGCCAGCUUGUUUUGAAUGUCUUACAUUGUACAUAGGAAGGCACAGGUUACACAAUAUUCUGGUGGUUCAGGUUGAUAAUCCUUCUGCCAUUCACUUUUGCCGUGUAUGGCUGAGGAUUCUGAAUAUAGGGCUAUUGAUGUCCAUAUUUCUCAUCUCCAAAAAAUCAUACACCAUUAACUUGAACUUUCUGUAAUUCCUACAAAUGAGAAGGAAGAUGGGAUUUCUUUAUUCCCCCAUUGUUAAAUAUUUUGUAUUUAUUAUAUUUAAAUGCUGCCUGAUGUUAUUUCUUCUUGUAUUGAUUACUGAAUACUCAUGCCCAACAAUAAAUUGCAGCAGUUCUGUAUGCCAUUGUGAGAAUGACCAAAAUACUCAAAAUCCACAGUGUUUAAAAAAUAGAGUUGCCUUGAAAUCACAAAUCAAAACUUCAGAAAGACUCUUAUUAAGCCAGAGAUAGGUUGCACUUAGACAUGCUCUUGAGAGCACUUUGUUUUGCUUUGGAUUCUACUGGGAUGCUGCUAAAAGUGCCCAUUUUUAGCUUAUCUUUUUAAAAAGUUGUUGUCUUGUGUUUUCUUGGGAAAGUUAUUUAGCACAUUUUUACUUGAAGGAAGUUCUGAUUGUAAUGACAAUGAAACUGGAGCACCUGACUCUGCUUGUAUAAAGUUCUAUACUUGGGAAAUGGCCUUCACUUAUUUUAAUGGAGCAACGGGAUGUAUGUAUUUUGAUAGUAUUUAUUUCAGCCUUCAUUUUAGCCUAGGGCUUUAGUGAUAGGUUAAAUUUACUAGAACCAUUAGUGAUGGUGAUCAUCUCGAAGAAAGGUGCACACCAAUGUGGUACCCCAGAGGUAUAGUUCCGUUCUCCAUGCAAAGUUCUAAAUAUUGAAAAUAGUAACCAUCAUUAUGUAUUCCGUAUGGUGGUUACCUUCAGCAGGUCAGAUCAGGACAAAAUGGUGCAAUUUUCCAUCUGUGUUUUCAAGACAAUCCAACUGUUUGAGCAACUCUUUGAACUAUGGUAACUUACUACUAUCAGAAAUACAGCAAUGUGUUUAGCCUUGGAUUUUGCUUCUGGGUUUUUAAAUUUUCUUUUUAAAUAUAAAAAUUACAGUUCUUCCUGGAAUAUUUGGAACUGAUCAGUAUUGUGAAUUUUGAUUUGAAAACACUUUCAUAAUAAACACUAAAGUA